GUAUGUAGCUGAUUGACUCUAGCAGAGGGCGCUGAUAGGGGUCAUAAUUGUUUGAUGUCAAACGAGAGUUCCAAAACAAGAUAUUGUCGUUUUCAUUUGAGAUAUUUUGAUUGUUCGGUGUAUAGUUCGGUUUAAAACGGGGUUUUCUCGCAUUUUUUAAAUUAUGGAGAUGGAGAUAGCGAAUGAAAUAAAAUCGGACAUAUGUGAUAACUACACGGAAGAAACAGAGUCAAAACCAAGUACUUCGAUCUACUUGGAGGACGUUAAUGGCAUUAAACAAGAGCCUUGGGACGAUGUCAAAAAUGAAAUCAAGGAAGAAAUAAUUGAUCCCUCCUACUUGGAAGCGGAAAUCGUUAAAGAAGAGGUCUCAGUUAAAGAGGAAUUAGUAUCCCGGUCGCCAGAAAAUCUUGAUUCGCUUACUUCCGACGCGGUGCCCGACAACGACGGCGACAAACCUGGUUUGGACGAUUUGAAGCCACCGUUAGGGCCCAAAAAUAAGCCCGACACUGCCAACAGCCAGAGAAGGAAAGUGCAGAAAAGUGCGGUGCCUCUAAAGUGCGACAAGUGCGAAUACGAAACUAACCUUAAAGGAAGUUUAUUGAGGCACAAGAGGCGACGACAUUUGGGCUUCAGCAAACCGAAAUUCAAAUGCGACUUAUGCGAUUACAAUUCCACACUUAAAGCGGAUUUAACCAGACACACCGUCGCACACGAAAAUCCCGAGGAAAUGACUCUGUAUAAGUGCGACAGUUGCGAGUUUGAAACCGACCAUAGGAGUUACAUGCUGAAGCACAGAAAACGAAUACACGCGGACGUCAACGAGAAAAAAUUCAAGUGCGAUCAAUGCGAUUAUCGGUGCGCGCUCGUAUCAUAUUUGACGAGGCACGUCCAAACGCACAGGAAGCCGGAACUGCCUUUAUAUAAAUGCAACGGCUGCGAUUACCAAACCAAAUUCAAAAGUAAGUUUCUCGUUCACGCAAAACGUCAUUUAACGGCGGGGACUCCGUAUAAGUGCAACCUUUGCGAUGAUCAAUGCGCGGACAAAGAAGAUUGGUUGUCGCACACGAAGCGACAUCUGGGCUUCAGUCAGAAAACGUACGAGUGCGACCUGUGCGACUACCGAAGUAACGAUUCGUCAAACUUUAAACGACACUGUUUGGUGCAUAAAAUUACGGACUGCAGGCUUCUAUACAAUUGUAAUUAUUGCGAUUAUCAAACUAAAUCGAAAGGGGAUUGGUUGUUGCACACGAAGCGACAUCUAGGCUUCAGCCAGAAAACGUUCGAGUGCGAGUUAUGCGGAUACCGAAGCAACGACUCGUCGAACUUCAAAAGACACUGUGCGGUGCAUAAAAAUGCGGACGACGCGCCUCUAUAUAAGUGCAAUUAUUGCGAUUUUCGAACCCGAUGCAAAGACGAAAAGAAGGGGCAUGCGUGCGUCAACAGGGUGACAUUCAAGUGCGGCUCGUGCGAUUUCGAGUGCCUGACGGAAUCCAUAAUAAAGAUGCACUCGGAAGCGCAUAAAAAUCCAAACGAGAUGCCUCUGUACAGUUGCAACGAUUGCGAAUAUCGAACCAAAUUCAAAUCUGGUUUGGUGAAGCACUCGAAGGUGGCGCACAACAAAUUCGAGGAAGUGCACCUGUUUAAGUGCAAAAGUUGCGAUUUUCAAACCAAACGCAGACGGAACCUGGCGGUUCACACAAAACAACACUCGCGGACCGACGAGAAAAUUUUUCAUUGCGACUUAUGCGAUUACCUAUGUUUCACCAAGAGAACUUUGAACAUUCACUAUAUAUCGCAUAAGAAUCCGGACGAGGCACCUUGGUACAGCUGCCACGAUUGCGAAUAUAAAACCAAAAUCAAAUAUCAUUUGGUAAAGCAUUUGCGAAAAGCGCACAAGAAAAAAACCGACCAAGUGUAUAAGUGCGAAAGUUGUGAUUUUCAAACCAGAUACGGGCGGAGCUUUCUGGUUCACACUAAACAACAUUCGGACAUCGGAGGGACGAAUUUCAAGUGCGAGUUGUGUAGUUAUCGGUGUAUUACUAAAUUAGCUUUCAAGAUGCACUCUAUAGCGCAUGGAAAUCCUGAUGAGAUUCCUCUGUACAGGUGCAACAAUUGCGAAUAUACCACCAUAUUCAAAUCUAACUUGGUCACCCACUUGAAGCAGCACGUGGAUGCCGCGAAGAAGAAAUUCAAGUGCGACUUGUGUGAUUACCGUUGUGUUGCUAAAACUUAUCUGAUCAGGCACUCUUUAACGCACAAGAAACCCGACGACGUGCCUUUAUAUGAGUGCGACAGUUGCGACUUUCAAAGCAAAUACCUAUGCAGCCUAAGGAGGCACACAGCGAGAGAGCACAGCGCGUAAUCUAUCUAUCUAUCAUCUUAUCUAUUGGGUUGUUCGGAAAGUCAUUUCGUUUUUUUUUGGGGAACAUGAAAGACAGUUUUCGUAUAAUGAAUAAAUAUUUUAUUAAAUUAUAUAUUGGCCGUUCUGGUCCGACACCUUUUCCCAUCUUUCUGGCAGUAACAUAAUUUCCCUCUCAUAAAAGUUUUGGUCCUUGCUGGCAAAAAACUGGUUCAGGUGGUUUUUGACAUCUUCAUUUGAGGUAAAGGUUUUGCCAUCCAAAAAAUUUUGCAGGGACCGGAACAAAUAGUAGUCGGAAGGCGCCAGAUCUGGAGAAUAUGGUGGACGUUGCAGUACGUCCCAUUCAAGCUGCAAAAGUUUUUGGCGAGUGACCAAACUUGUGUGGGGUCUCGCAUUAUCCUGGUGGAACACUACACCCUUCCUGUUGCUUAAUUCGGGCCUCUUCUCUUUAAGUGAAUCAUUCAAUUUGUCCAAUUGAUGACAAUAGACUUCUGAAUUAAUCGUUGUAUUGUCCGGCAAAAGCUUAAAAAAACGAUUCCUUUGACAUCUCACCAAACGGAGAGCAUCACCUUUUUUUGGUGAAUGUUGGCUUUUGACACGCUUUGAGCCGGUUCAUCUUUUCUGCUCCAUGACCUCUUGCGUUUAACAUUGUUGUAUACAACCCAUUUUUCGUCCCCAGUAACAAUCCGCUUCAAAAAUGGAUCAUUUUCUUGACGUUUGAGGAGCGAAUCACACACGUCAACGCGACGACACAAAUUUCGCUCCGUAAGGGCAUGGGGCACCCACACAUCGAGCUUCGAGGUUAAGCCCAUGCCUUUCAAAUGGCCAUAAACAGUCGAAUUCGACAAAUUUAAUCUCUCACCGAUCUCUCGUGUGGUUAUUCGCCGAUUUGCAUCAACUAAUGGCUUUAUCGCAUCUUUGUCAGCUUCGACCGGCCUUCCAGACCGUGGUGCAUCUUCGACAUCAAAAUUGCCGGAUCGAAAUUUUGGAAACCAGUUCUGGCACUGGCGUACUGUUAACACGCCUUCUCCAUACACAUCCGUCAAUUUUGUUCUCGCUUGGACAGCAUUUUUACCUUUUCUGAAGUAAAAAAGUAAAAUAUGACGAAAAUGCUGCUUAUUGCUCUCCAUAUUUAAAAGGGCACCAACCAAAAACUACUGCGUAGAAUUAAUAGAACUUUUUCACACACAAGCCUUGCAAUAUCAGCUCUCAAGACAUAUAAUGGUUAGGCGGCUUAAAUGUGAAGUUGGUUUCGAAAAAACGUAAUUAAAUCCUCUGACGGGAAAAAACGAAAUGACUUUCCGAACAACCUUAUACAUGAACUUAGAUUUUUAGAUAUAUUUGUAUUUACUAACUUAUUAAAUCUCAUCCUUAUUUCCUUUAUCUGGGCUUAUUGGUUCAUUACAACAGCAAAAUUUCUGAUAUUCGGAUUUCAACCAGUUUCUUAAUGCGAGGGAAGAGUAAAAUUGAAUUGAAGGACAAUUGAAAGGUUAUGUUAUAUCGUAAGUUGUUAGAGCAUCAGAGAAGUAAUUUGUACAGUACAGACAUUCAAAUAUUGUUUCAUUUUUAUAUAAAAUUCUGCCAAAUAUAGCUUAAAAUAUAAGGAUAACAUAAAAAUACCGUAUUUAAAAUACACCUUCAUUUGUAAAUUUGAGUCGUCAUGUUCUGAGGAGCCAGAUGAAACCAUAAAUCAGAGAAAUAAUAACAAUAGCUACCGGAAAGAAACUAUAAUUCUAAUUUUAAAUAAAAAGGUAUUAGUAGUAGUAAAGUAGUUGACUACGUGAUGUUGAUUUAUAACUCUCUCGCAUUCAGAAACUCAUAAACUUUCUAAUCAUGAAAACAAUGCAGUAAACCAAAACACCGUCGUUUUAAAUUGGAACAAAAAUACGUAUACUAAUUUGUACUCCCCGUAUAAAGCAAAGCUAUUAUAUAUGUAUGAUGAUAAUAAAACAUUAUUAUCAUACAUGGAUCAUGCAUAAUAAAAUUUUAAGUUGUGAUAUUUUUUAUUGAAUCCUGCACCUAAUGACAAGUCAGAAGCCUCUGUUGGUGCACGGAAAUAAGUGCAAGUGUGCAACAAAAAAACGGACCUAAAAAACAUUCCGUGAGGUAUAAAACUGCGAAGUGCGGCAGCUACGGUUACGUAUUAAUCAUAAAGUAAACUUUUUGAAGCAAAAAAACGACGAAAUUCGUGCAUCAGCGGAAAAAGAUUGAAGUGCGACUAAUGUUGCCUUUCCAUUGUUAAAGCAGAUUUGACCAAGAACGACAAAAUGCCUCUAUAUCAAGAAGAGAAUCUGGUGCACAAAAAACGACAAGCACCUCCAAAGUGAUUCUUCUUCUUGCUCUGCUUAUGGAUAUUCGCGACUACAUUUUCCAUGACUUUU